ACGUUUUGUGAAGUCUCACACUGGAGCAUUCUGGCGCGAGGUGCAUUGUUCUCGGAUUCCUUGCUAUGGUAACGGGGUGUACGGUCGAUCGUACGAUCGCUUGUGCUGCCUCAGUGUGUUGGCUACCCCAAAAAACAACGGACGACAUUUUCAAGUGCAAUUCCGGUUCUUUCAUACGGUACAGAAUCAAUCCGAUGCUAACGCUAACGAUCUUUUAGUCACGUUCAAGUUGAAUGAUCGGAAGGAUUUUUGAUCACACAUACAAUUAAAAACAAUCAUUGUGCUCGGCUUUACAGCUAAUAAUUUCAUAAAAUCACAAAACUACAAGAAUUAAUCACUUUCUCACCGGAAUUGUCACCGUCGUCGGCUCGUUCGCUACAUUACACUUGUGUGCUUGUACAGUUUUUGAUGACUUAUCACCCGUCGUCUAGACGUCUGCUAAAGGGUGCGUGUUGUCUAGCUUAAAUUUGGCAUUCCUCCCCAAUUCGAUGCAUUUGCCAUUAUCUCUACACAACGUAAAAAAAUGGCCUACAUUCUCUCACCUGAUAACAAUAACAUAUAUUCACCUAAUACGAAUGCAAUUUUUUAUAGGCCCAGUUCUGUUUCGCCCAAAAACCUUUGCGUAUCUUAUCAGACCUGAAUGCAUCGAAAGUGCAACCCUUAGUGCUAUCUAGCCUAGUGGCCGAUUCGCUGAAAUCAGUUGAGUGCAACAAAUUUCCCAUGAAGGUUAAGUAGAGUUUGAUCAACAGUUAGUAAACUGCACGGUUUGGCAUCGAUAGGAUCGGAGCAUUGAAUCGAAAACUGGCGAGUGAUUUGGUCCAACAGUAACUCAUCCUAAGUUCUUGAUGAAUGAACAGCAUGGAAUCGGUUGCGUUGCGAACAAUUGUGCGAGAUCAAGAAACAAUUGAGGAAGAAGAACCAAGUGAGAAUACCAACAAAACUGAAGACCAUACUCCCAAGAUCGAUGUGAACAACUUCGCCGGAUUGAUUACGAUUUUGACGGUCAACUUUCAUCAGCUCCAGUCCCUGUUGCAAGUGGGUACGGAUUUGGGAUUUAUGUUUUGGGUGAACAUCUUUCUCGUGGCUAUAUCUAUUACGUGUGUGUAUCCACUGCUCGUUUUGCGAAUGCUGCAUGGUGAAGGUUGUGCAUCGGCGCGUGUACGUUACUGGGCCAGCUGUGUGUUGAUGGUGAUUGUUCUCACCACCAACCUAACGUUGCAAAUUUUCAACGAUUUAAAUGCUCAAUGUAUAAUACUUAUGAAUCAACCAUUACCACCACAACCUACUUCAAACAGCAACGUCUAAUAUUGUGUUCCCUGUUGGAUCAUUGAGCAACGAGCUUGCACACGAUGGAACGAGUUAAUGUAAAUCAACUUUCUGCUACGAUCGGUGCCAAUAUGCCAAACUUAUCUACUAAACUGUUUUAUAUUCUAUAUCCCCAGGUAAGGCCCCAGCAACGGAAUUAUACUGAUGCACCCUACAUUCUUAUGCUCGCCACAAUAUUGUCAACUAAUGUGGCGCAAAUCGUGGCUUACGUUCGAGCAUAUAACAUCAACACUUCGGUCGAUCCUACAGUCUGGGUUAUGUUUGGCAGUGCAUUGUUAGCCUUUUUUGUGGUAUGUUUUUUGCUAGUUGCCAACGUCGUGAUUCGGGUAUGGUCAAAACGAACGCAACGAAGGACAGAAUC